CGGGCUGCCUUCAAACCGUAAUCCUCCUGAUCUCUGCUUCCUGAGUAGCUAGGAUUACAGGUGUGAGCCACCGGUGCCCGGCCCUUCUAUGUCUUGACUCUGUCUUGGUUUCAGGGUGGCUGUAGCAGAUCCAGGUAUCACAUUCAGAUCAAAUGCAGGUUUGUGGGGGCUUUCCCUUCACUGUAUUUAAAAACAAGGACAACAAUAAAGGGUCUUUGCUUAUUAGACUGGGUUUGAGAUAAACUGGACUCUGGUCAGGGUUUCUGGAUUUUCACAUGGCGUCAAAAUCGAAUUUGAAGAGGCUGAAGUCAGGAGGAUUUGUGUAAGCUCUGCCAUUUCCAUGUGGAAUUUCCUUUUCCCAUGUUCUGUGGCUUCCCAAACCAGGGGUGCCUCUUUCUGUGGUCCUGCUUUGCUUCAUUUCCUGCAUCUCCCAGGGGAGGGAGGAUUUGGUCCCAGGACUGGCCCAGCCCUCUCCUAGUAUGGUUCUAGAAAGAACUACAUUAGAGUUUCGUGCAGCAGGGGAGGGGUGGGAAAGGAAACAGCUCAGUAACCUGAGAAAUCACAGAAGAAGGAUUCCAGUUUGGGCCCCUCAUGUCUACACAUCUAAACAAGCAAGACUUCCCAUCCCCAAAGUCUCUUGCUCUUCCUCCAGGUGACACUCUGGGAGGAAUCUGAUCCAUGUCGUGUGACUGUGCACAUGGCCCUCUUCCCUAUGUGUUCCUUUCCUUUUAUUGCUUCUUCCUUCCCUAUCACCCUGCUGAGUCGUGGCCUCGCCUCUUUUAUACCCCAGAUUCUGCAGGCCCUGGGGAAGUCCUACCACCCUGGCUGUUUUCGCUGUGUCAUCUGUAAUGAGUGUUUAGACGGGGUGCCCUUCACUGUGGACUCAGAAAACAAGAUCUACUGCGUUCGAGAUUAUCACAAGGUGCUGGCCCCAAAGUGUGCAGCCUGUGGGCUUCCAAUCCUUCCACCUGAGGGCUCAGAUGAGACCAUCCGUGUGGUGUCCAUGGACAGAGACUAUCACGUGGAGUGCUACCACUGUGAGGACUGUGGUCUGGAGCUCAAUGAUGAAGAUGGUCACCGCUGCUACCCGCUGGAAGACCACCUGUUCUGCCAUUCCUGCCAUGUCAAGAGGCUGGACAAAGGCCCGUCGUCCGCAGCCCUCCACCAGCACCACUUCUAGGUCGCAGAGCUCAGCCAGGGCUGCACAAAGAGAAGUCAGCCCCACACUUGGGGUGGAAUUGGGGUUGAGGAGGAAGAGGGGUGGACAGGCAAGUGCCCACGAGAGUGAGGUGUGCCUGUCCCUUAGCCAAGGAGGUGCACGCUAACUGACUGGUACAAGGGUUUUUCUCCAUCGCCACACCUUGUCAGGUUCCUCAGGUAGAUGCUCUAGCAUGUGUGUGGCGUGAGGCCCGCAGUGGCAUCAGUCAAUUGAACACACCCGACUCCUGUGGGGACAGUUUAGGGGAAGAGACUUUGCAAGUAGCACAUUUUACAACACGUCCAGAAGUGACAUCUCAGCUGCAGAGACAUCUAACCCUUUCCCUCUAGGAAAAUACCUCCCAACACGUGUGCACCCCAAGGCAUGACUUAAGGCCUCUUUAUACCCAUGGUGUUAGCUCUUCUGAACUUUCAUUGCAUAAAGGCAAGAAGGAAGUGUGAACACGUGCUUUGGAGCCUAAGAAGAAUUUGCUUAGUAAACCAGAGCUAAGCUUUGACAUCACUGAGGCUGGGUUUCCUCCUUGUGCUCUGACAUCCUGCCCUGUGCCCUUGCCAGUCUGCCUGCCCCUAAGGCAGCUGGGCCCUGACAGAGGCAAGUUUGGGGAGAAGAGCCGGUGCAGGCGCCAGGACUCUUGCUCACUGCUCUGUGCCAUUUUUCUUUCAAAGCUUUUGAGAGUGUGUGACUUUGGAGCUACUCCUGCCAAGGCAAGUCUUAUCCUGUGUGGGACAUCUCUGGUGCCUGUUGUGGCUUAUUUAAUGAUGGACCUUUUGGAAAUCCUGUCCACAUAUUGAGAACUCCUAACAAGGACAGUUUUGUGCGUGUGAGACCUUGAAGUCAGCAGGGUGGGAAGUGCCUCAGGACAAGUUACUAGUCAUUCCAGAGGUUUCUCUCAUGCCUACUUCUUGGCACAUGCAUUGUAUUUGAAGAAACCAAUAUAAGGUACACUGCUUUUGUCUUUUUUUUUUUUUUUAAUUGUUUCUCUCCACUUUCAUUCUUACACACACACACACACACACACACACACAAAUACCUCACAGAUAGAGCUUCAAAUCACAGGAAGAAUUCAGCCAUCAUCCUGGAUACCUUCUUUGAUGUGUUUGAAAUUGCUGGCUUCACAUGUGACACUCCAGCUGGUCAGGACCGUGUGAUUGUAACUGAAGGUCAGCUGGGAACAGAUCCAGCUGAAAUUCUGGCCAUAGGCGUUUCAGCAUGCUGACUUCCAGGGUGGUGAGGGUGGUGAGGGCCACACACUGAUGAGAUUUGACGACCACCUGUGCACUGGAGAGACCAAUUUACUCUGAGGCCAAGGGUCACUACUCCUUGGUGUUUCAAAUGGAAGAAGCUUUAAAAAAAGAAGAAAGAAAAAGAGAUUGGUGGCCUCUUUGUCUGGAGGGAGGACCUCAUGGCUUGUGGCAGGAGGGCCAAGGUGUCUUGCUGCUGCCAUUCUGGGCUAGAGACAUGGCAGCCGGCCUCUGCACUCUGCCUCACCCCUCCCAGCCAGAGCGAGAAGACUGGGUGCUGGGCUGUGGAGGAUGGUCAAGGGCUCAGCACAAGUGAACGCAAGACUUUUCUCUUGGCCCAACUCCACACCUGUAGGCUGCCAUGUUUGCACUCAUUUGGUGGCCAUCGCUUGUGAAAAGGGCAGAACUGGCACUAUAGAUUGCCUUUUCCAGUUUUUUAAAAAAUUCAUCCCGUUGGAAUUCUUUGAGCAGAAUGUCACUUCCUCCAUUCCUGUUCCAGGCUAAGCUUCCUGGGAGCCUGAGUCUGGGCCCCUCUCUUCCUGUCAAGUCAUCCAACUCAGCUUUGGUAAGGCUGGUGGGGAAAUGAAGCUAGCAAACAUAGUUUAGGGCUGUCUUUGCCAACCCUGGGACAGUAGCCUUGCUCACACACUUUUGUCCCACUUUCAAAUCAAGCAGGGUCAAGAAAAUUGCAUUGGAGCUACAAUCAGAAGAGAUUCGUUUGCUGAUAAUUAAUUUGUGUGAUUAAUUCUGUGAUUAAUUUUUUAAUGAAAAUUUUUAAGGAGCCUUGAUUGAGGUGAUUCAGCUGUGUUUGCAAAUACAUUUUAUAUCGUUGAAAAAGAACAAUAAAGGUAUUUCCAGACAUGCUAGAAAUUUGAGCUAUGGACUUCCCUGGUUGUCCCUUUUUUUGGAGAGGACACAACUGGGGAUCUCAAAUGAGUUUUGUUUCUGUUUCAGGUCCUUGCACAAAAACCAUGAGGUGAUGCUCGUCUAUCUGGGAUUUUAGGUGUUUUAUACAUUACUAGCUAAAUAGAACCGCGGUGGUAUUGCAUUUAUGGGCACACAGGAAGAAUGCACAAGGGCUUGGUAGACCAGGGUAGUAAGUUUGGUUUGCAAGUUGGAAUGAAUAGCCUUUUUCAGUUUCCUGGACAAGUCUUGGAUCUCAGCAAACUAGGAGGACAAAGGCCUGAUCCCAGGAUCCUAGACCCCAAAGCCAGCUUCCAUUCUCCCUGGCCUUGUUUUGCCCUGUAGGCAUUUUUCACCAUCUCCUCCCUCCUUACACUCUUUCCUUUUUUC